AUGGUGUUAAAGGUGUGCCUGUUAGUAAUGCUGUGCCAAGUGUUAACUUUAGGGCAAGAACUAAAUUAUGCUGGAUGGCCAAUUCAGGCCACAACUCCGACUACUAAGGGAACAACUUCAGGAGCUAGCUGCACAACUGCAGGUGGUGGGACAGGCACCACCUCGUCCGGCGGCGGAACAGGCACCACUUCAUCUGGCGGUGGAAUAGGCACCACUUCAUCUGGCGGUGGAACUACUCCCACGCUGUGUCUACCAUCUAAAUAUCGAAAUGUCGAAGGCUUGUGUGGAAAUCCAUCGGCACCCAGCUGGGGCAGAGCGAAUGAACCAUUUGCCCGCCUGCUUCCUUCUUUCUACGCGGACGGAAUCUCCGCUCCGGCUGUGAUGAGUAACGGAGCUGCAUAUGCCAGUGCCCGGAACAUUUCCUUCUUCUUGUUUGGCAUCGAUGAACUGGCCGAUACAACCCGUACCAUGUUGAACAUUUACUUCCUUCAGGCUAUAACCAACGAUUUAGCAGACACUUCCAGUAACACCAACAACGUAUGCUGUACCAACGGGCAAGUUGUGUCAAAUGCUCCGGAUGGUUGCUUUCCGGUGGUCAUUGAGGAUGAUGACCCUCUUUACUCUUGGUUCAACAUCAAAUGUCUGGAAUACAGCCGUGUCAGCACUGCUCCGCAGACCAAUCCUCCGCAAACUGUAAGACAAAUUAACCGCGCCACCAGUUAUUUGGAUCUUUCUUUUCUCUAUGGCACUAGCUCGGUACAAAAUCCGAGUCGAAUUACUACUGGAGGCCGUCUGCUCUCCGUGCUUCGUGAUGGAUUGGAAUUUCCUAUACUUGACCCAGCAGGUUGUACCUCACCGUUGCAGGAUGUUUGUUACUUGGUGGCGGACAGUCGUAGCUACCAAUCACCAAUGUCUGCCAUCGUACACUUGCUGUUCUUCCGGGAGCAUAAUCGUCUUGCCGUUCAGCUGAAGAAUCUGAAUCCUUCCUGGUCGGAUCUUACAUUAUACGAAGAAGCGAGACGCAUUAACAUUGCCCAGUAUCAACGAAUCGUCUAUUACGAACUGUUACCAAAGAUCCUAGGGCGAACCAACAUGGUGAACAACCGUUUGAUCUACGAAUCGAGCGGAUUCGUUAACGAUUAUGAUGCAUCCCAGAACCCUGCAUCGAUCGCCGAGUUCGCCAACGUUGUAGCUUCAUUCUUGAACUCCCAGCUGCCCGGUGCUAUCAACUUCGUCGUAAACGGUACGAUUCAAUCGAAGGAGUUGAGCAGUCUCUAUCCGAAGCUUCAAUCGUUGGAGAGUGACUUUGCUACUCUCUUUGCGGCAAUGUCCACGCAGUUGGCACGUGUCGUAGAUACCAGUUUUACCAUCGAGUGGAAAAACUUUAUGUACCGAGGAAACGCUCCGCUUGGCCAGGAUCUGCUUGCCAUCGAUCUGCAAAAGAUGCGUGAUUUUGGGUUUGCGCCGUACAAUUUAUAUCGGGCGCGAUGUGGUCUUAGCAUCUUUACAAGCUGGGAAGCAUAUAAUGCUACAAUGAAAGCACCAUGUGAGAAAACGAUCCAGAAAAUUCAAGCUAUCUACCCGACGGUGAACGAUAUGGAACUGUUCGUUGGAGCUGCAUUUGAAACACCUCUACCUGGUGCGGUGUUUGGUCCAACCUUCUCCUGCAUCAUGACCCAACAAUUUCUACGAGCACGCACCGGUGAUCGCUACUUCUUCGAGACUGGUGCGCAGGAGGGCAGCUUCACCGCGGCACAAUUGGCGGAAAUUCGGAAGAUCAGCCUUGCUCGAAUGAUGUGCAGUGCACUGCCAACUAUAUUGAACGUUCAGGCGGACGUCUUGAGUCCCGUUGGACCGACUAACCCUCUAGUGUCCUGUAACAGCUUACCAGCUGUGAAUCUAGCUGCUUGGAUCAGUUCUAGCGGCGGUGUAACAGGCACCACUCCAUCUGGCGGUGGAACAGGCACCACUUUAUCUGGCGGUGGAACUACUCCCACGCUGUGUCUACCAUCUAAAUAUCGAAAUGUCGAAGGCUUGUGUGGAAAUCCAUCGGCACCCAGCUGGGGCAGAGCGAAUGAACCAUUUGCCCGCCUGCUUCCUUCUUUCUACGCGGACGGAAUCUCGACUCCGGCUGUGAUGAGUAACGGGGCUGCAUAUGCAAGUGUCCGGAACAUUUCCUUCUUCUUGUUCGGCAUCGAUGAAACGACCGAUACAACCCGUACCAUGUUGAACAUUUACUUCCUUCAGGCUAUAACCAACGAUUUAGCAGACACUUCCAGUAACACCAACAACGUAUGCUGUACCAACGGGCAAGUUGUGUCAAAUGCUCCGGAUGGUUGCUUUCCGGUGGUCAUUGAGGAUGAUGACCCUCUUUACUCUUGGUUCAACAUCAAAUGUCUGGAAUACAGCCGUGUCAGCACUGCUCCGCAGACCAAUCCUCCGCAAACUGUAAGACAAAUUAACCGCGCCACCAGUUAUUUGGAUCUUUCUUUUCUCUAUGGCACUAGCUCGGUACAAAAUCCGAGUCGAAUUACUACUGGAGGCCGUCUGCUCGCCGUGCGUCGUCAAGGAAUCGAGUUUCCAGUACUUGACCCAGCAGGUUGUACCUCACCGUUGCAGGAUGUUUGUUACUUGGUGGCGGACAGUCGUAGCUACCAAUCACCAAUGUCUGCAAUCGUACACUUGUUGUUCUUCCGGGAGCAUAAUCGGUUAGCACUUCAACUGAAACUCCUAAAUCCUUCCUGGUCGGAUCUUACAUUGUACGAAGAAGCGAGACGCAUUAACAUUGCCCAGUAUCAACGAAUCGUCUAUUACGAACUGUUACCAAAGAUCCUAGGGCGAACCAACAUGGUGAACAACCGUUUGAUCUACGAAUCGAACGGAUUCGUUAACGAUUAUAAUGCAUCCCAGAACCCUGCAUCGAUCGCCGAGUUCGCCAACGUUGUAGCUUCAUUCUUGAACUCCCAGCUGCCCGGUGCUAUCAACUUCGUCGUAAACGGUACGAUUCAAUCGAAGGAGUUGAGCAGUCUCUAUCCGAAGCUUCAAUCGUUGGAGAGUGACUUUGCUACUCUCUUUGCGGCAAUGUCCACGCAGUUGGCACGUGUCGUAGAUACCAGUUUUACCAUCGAGUGGAAAAACUUUAUGUACCGAGGAAACGCUCCGCUUGGCCAGGAUCUGCUUGCCAUCGAUCUGCAAAAGAUGCGUGAUUUUGGGUUUGCGCCGUACAAUUUAUAUCGGGCGCGAUGUGGUCUUAGCAUCUUUACAAGCUGGGAAGCAUAUAAUGCUACAAUGAAAGCACCAUGUGAGAAAACGAUCAAGAAAAUUCAAGCUAUCUACCCGACGGUCGACGAUAUGGAACUGUUCGUUGGAGCUGCAUUUGAAACACCUCUACCUGGUGCGGUGUUUGGUCCAACCUUCUCCUGCAUCAUGACCCAACAAUUUCUACGAGCACGCACCGGUGAUCGCUACUUCUUCGAGACUGGUGCGCAGGAGGGCAGCUUCACCGCGGCACAAUUGGCGGAAAUUCGGAAGAUCAGCCUUGCUCGAAUGAUGUGCAGUGCACUGCCAAUUAUAUUGAACGUUCAGGCGGACGUCUUGAGUCCCGUUGGACCGACUAACCCUCUAGUGUCCUUGUUUGGUGUGCUGGAGUUGCGUAUGCUGGUGAAAGCGAUGGAUAUUUUAGAACACGUGCUCAGCAGUAAGCUGACUGUGCUGACCAGCUCAGGGCCAACAGCUGCUGCUGUUGCCCCGUUGCAAGAGGGCCCGGCGUUUGCGCAACAGCUGUGGGACGUGCUGUUGGAGGGCCGCGAGGAAUUUCCGGAUUUUUUUCAAAUUUUACUUGCCGUAAAGCUGAACUAUUCCGAUUUGUCUUUCGAGGAUCACCAGGCGCUGGUGGUGAAGGCACGGAUGCUGGUGCAAUAUCUGCAUUAUACUGGCUUGUUAGAAAAGAACUAUCCAGGCAUUGUUGCUCGAGCAUCCGACAAUGAAUGGGACAUGUUUCUAGCAUCGCUGCUUCUGCGAUUUGCCAUGCUGACCACUAACAGAUCGAGCACGUUUUCCUACAAUCUAUUAUUCGAUGAGCAGUGCAAGCAACAGGUGAUAAAAGCUACCGAACAAAGUACUUCCAUGGGCAGCAGCGGCAACAGUGUGUGUAAGUUUGCGGUAUCCUCAUUGAUGCCGUUGGUAGAAAAAAUAGAAUUAACGUCAUGGGACGAAUGUGAUGCAACUGAAAUGAAGCAGAUGCUCGAAGAUGCGAUGAGCGAAAUCGACCACCAGCUAUUGGAUAAUCCUGCAAUAUCUGUUGAAAAAAAGUCGGCAGAGCAGCUACCGUUUGCAAAGUUCUCCAGAGACCGUGACAGCGUGGCGGAGCUAUGGGACGAAGCUACUCUGGAGGCAGCGCAAGAUUGCGAAGAGAAAGAUGUAAUUCUCAAAGCACUGCAGCUGUACACCAGUCAAUAUGUUCUUCGAAAUCUAUUUACAAACCCUCCAAACGCACCGUUCACGCUGCCCAAUCAGUACCUUGGCAUGUACCGUUCCACUGUGGAACUGAAGGACUCGUCCACUCCAAACACCACCGCCGUCUUGCUGACGCAUGGAGUCGUUGGCAUAUACGCAUCGUCGGAUAUCGAGAAAGGAGAAACGUUAACGAUGUCCUAUGGAAAGACCGGAGGUAACAAGCAGCACCUGCGUACACCGGCGGUUUCUUACAAUGGCGUCCGCUAUUUUCUAACGGGUAACGCCAGUAGCCUCUGCCGAAUCGUUUUAUAUUUGGUGCAUGCCAUCACAUCGCACAUCCGGGAGGUGUACAAACCGAACAGCAUCGCAAGACUGCAGGAGCUAAUGCGCAGGUGUCCCGAUGGUGUGAUUGGCAGCGUGCUGAGCAUUUUUAAACAAAUUGAGGAAAUCUGCCGCGAGGCUGAAACGAUCGCCAACAUCUGGAUGGAGUAUCAGCAACUGGCCGAGCUUGUGAUGAUGCGUGGUUUGCUGGACCGAUCCAAACAGGAUUUCAUCAAACGUUUCGCUGCAAGCUUGUAG